AUGGUGAGUCGUGAUUUUGAUUUGUUCGUUGCAUUUUCCUUAGUUGUUUUCACUUAUAUUGGUGCGCUGGGGCUCAGCGAACAGUGUCGGGAAAUGGAUGAGAAGACAGCCAAAGUUGUGUCCGGCAAAAGUUUCAUGAUGGAUGAACAAAUUGGUAGACAAGUGUGGUCGCAGAGUUCAGGCACACAUCUUAUGGUAGCCGAGAGUGCUGUGCCGCCCCGAAAGGCACGAGGUCUGGCCGUCAGUGCUCCAGGACAUCAUAAGUCCGCUGCAGCAUCAACCUCCCCCAAGACUCGUCUACUUUGGGUUCAUAUUCAGUCUUUCGUCAGCGUCGACCCAAAUUCGACUCGGGUGCCGGCCGCUUCUAUAUUGUAA